AUCAGCUACAGUUUUUAGGAGAAGAAUAUAUAUGGCACAAGCAUGCUCAAUGGUGGAAAUUGACCAAUGGAAAGUCAUGUUACGUAGAUCAUUUUUCGAUCAACAACAUCGAUCGCAUUUGCGGUAUCGUUUGGGAGGAAAAGAGAGCGGAGAUAAGUUCCUUAUUGAGAUUACACGGUGACCGCGGAAGUUUUGCCAGGCCUGGUCCCAUGCAUUCAGAUUUGCGUUUGUGUCAAUUGAUGUUGGAAUUGGUGUUACGCAUACGCCUGUGACUUUGGAAAAUAAAGAAAGAUGUCGUUUGCUGGGUUUAAGAAGCAAAUCAACAAAGCUAAUCAGUUAUUGAAUGAAAAGAUAGCAGGUGCGGAGAAGACACAGUAUGAUGAAGAAUUUGUGGAAUUGGAAAAGACUAUUGAUACAACCUCACUUGCAGUUGAUGAAAUCAUCACCAAGACAAAUGAGCUUCUUCAGCCAAAUCCCUUAACCAGAGCAAAGCAGAGUACUGCAAUGACAGUCUCCAAGAUGAGAGGCCAGACCAAGAACUCAAGGUACCCACAACCCGAGGCUAAUCUAGGAGAAUGCUUCUUGAAGUUUGGAAGGGAUCUGGGUGAAAACUCAGUCUUUGGCAAUGGACUACUGGAGGUUGGCGAGGCCUACAAGCAGCUAGCUGAUAUCAAAGACAGUCUGGACUUCAACGUCAGGCAGAACUUCCUUGAUCCUCUGGACCACCUGAGGACCAAAGAACUCAAGGAAAUAUCGCAUCACCGUAAGAAGAUGCAUAGUCGUCGACUCGACUAUGAUUGCAAAAAGCGGAAGGUGCAGAAAGGAGGUUCCCAGAUACCAGAGGAAGAGGUUACCAUGGCUCGGGAGAAGUUUGAAGAGUCUAGGGAUAUUGUCAUGAACGGAAUGGCCAACCUCGUGGAUAGUGACGUUGAACAAGUGAGGCAGCUGCAGGCCUUGGUAGAGGCUCAGCUUGAAUUCCAUCAACAGGCUCAAGAUAUCCUGAACCAGCUUACUUCCAGCCUUGGGGACAGGAUAAUGGAGGCCGAGAAUCAGCCAAAGGCAUACAAGCCAAGGAGAGCAGUGACCAGUACACUGUCCAGUAACUCUCACACCACAACCUCUAUGGACAGUGAUGAUGAUGAUGACAGUGGUGUCCAACAGAUCUCAUACAAGCCAACAAAUCCAGCACCAGCACCAGCAGCUCCUAAAUACAAGGUUUGCAGGGCCCUUUAUGACUUUGAGCCCGAGAACGAAGGGGAGCUUGCCUUUGGAGAAGGGGACAAUGUCACUGUAGUUAGUGAAAUAGAUGAAAACUGGCUGGAGGGAGAAUGCAAUGGAAAGUCUGGAUAUUUCCCGCGGAACUACGUAGAUUAUGAAUAAAUCCAAAUCGAUAACGUUAUCCUCCAUCAUGUCAAAUUUAAAAAUAAACGAGAAAAAAUUGUGUUUUAUUAAGUGGGAGAUAUUAUACACACCCACUUAAUGGUGAUAGAAGGUCUGAAAGUUUGAGUAAUUUAUUGUAAAAAGACAGAUCAAUUCAGUAGUUACUUGUGAAAAUGAUAUAAAGAAAAGUUAGGGGUUUUUCGGAGGGGGGAGAUAAACUACCAACCUAUGCUGAAGGACUGAGCUUUUUGAUGAAGCUCUUCCUGUGGUAAUGGCAUAAAAUAAUUCAAUUUGAAAAAUAGCUAAUGAAGAUUGCCCUUCAUAGUUAACUAUGUAAAAUUAUAGAGAAUAAAGAAAAGUUCUUUUGUGUUUUUUCUUCUUUUUUUCAGUGGGAAAUACACUCACAAACUUACUGAGGUACUGAGUAUUUGGAGAAGCUCUUCCUUGUUCUUAGUUAUGGAGCUAAAUUUGUUAUGAAUUCAAAUGUCUUCAUAUGUUUUUUUUUUAACAUAUAUGUGGGGGUGUUGCAAGUAACUAUACGCAAUCAAUCAAUUGCAGAUUUUUGUUGCUUGUGUACAAGUGGUGUAUCAAAUGUAAGUAUAGCAAUUUUAUUUUUACGUCUUGUUACAAGAAGCAGAUUAGCAAUCAAAUGCAAAAUUUGCAGUUGAUUGAUUAAAAGACUCUUGUGAUUGAUAUUGGGAUGCAAAAUGGACUUGCAGUUGAUUUCAAGUAUGUUGCAAAUGCCCCCAUUAGAUACUUGGCGGGAUUUCCAAUGUGAGAAAUUCAUUCUUUUAUUCAUUUAUUUCUUCCAUUGGAGGGAUGUUUGUCUCUUCUUCAUUAUUUCUGCCUCUUUUUAGGAUUAAAUUCUUGCAUAAUUUUUUUAAAGGUUUCCCUCCAAUAAUAUACAGUACAUGACAUAUAUACAUGUGUACAUACAUGUAUGUAUCAAAUCUGUUUCAUAAAGUUCUGCAUGAUUUUACAAACGACCCCAACAUGUUUUUGCGUGCUUGAGUAGACUGUUCAUUUCUUUGAUCCUCAUCAGCAAAAAUUUGAUAUUGCACAAGAACAAGUUAUAUUUGUCAAAUUUAUAUUAGGGUUAAUUUUAAUCCGACUUGGUUUAAACAAAACAGGAAGUUUUGAUAGGCAUCUUCCAGUUUGUUUGAAGUCACAUUUAGAUUAAAGAACUGUUUUAUGGGACAAAUGGCCGUACACAAAAACAUAAUUUCGGGGGAGCAAGACACGUAUAAAAAACUUGUUUUUAAGAAACUUGAAAGUGAGUGAAGCUUGUCAAUGGGGGCACUUUUGCAUUUUUUCAAGUAAAAUGCCGCCCCCCCCCCCCCCCUUCCCUGCUGCAUACCACCAUUAUUGGAGCACCUCAUUUUUUUCAUUUUCAAUCAAACCUAAAACUACCAUGCUAUUCUGCAGGGCCCCUGUACCACAAUGCUUAGCACUUGAUCUUACGGCAUUGAUUGAUCAUCAUGUGCAGUCAAGCGGACAAAUCAAAUGUACAAUCAAUCGCUAUGCUCCGUGGUACAGGGCCACGGUCAAAAUAAUCAAAUGACAGUCAUCGUCACAAAAUGAACGGAAGCAAGGAGCUUUAAAUUUUGUACUUAAACUGAAGGUAACCAAAAUCAUUUUCUAUUGCAAAGAUAUUGGGUUAUAUGUCUAUUUUUAUCUCCCUCUCAUUUUUAUUUUUAUUUAUUCUUUGAUGUUUUCUCAGAAUAUUUGAUGAACUGUUUUAAUAACGAUUUCUAAAAAUAAUCAAAUGGCAAGCUGUAGCCAUAUUCUUAUAUAUAUUUUUUUAGGAUAUAUUAUUAAAGAAAAUAAUUGAUUUUCUUGGAUUGAUAAAUCUACGUUUUUCCACUUUUUGAAGUUUUAUUACUUGUCUUUCCUUUUACAUGUAUUUUUUCCAUGAUGUAUAUCAGCCCGUUGGCUUUGACAUAGUGAUUAAAAAUGCAUUUGAAUAUCCCUCAUAUAUGUUGAUUGUUACUGUGCUGCAAGACGUGUAUGCUUUUCAUUGUACUCACUCGUAUGGAAGACAUUCUACAUGUCUAAAAUAGCUGCCAACAGUGGUAUAUUAUUUUAAUUUCAAUUCCAAUUUGCAUUAAAUAAAUGUCAAUUUACAUUAUAUAAUUUACAAGUUAUGUUAUUUUAAACUUGAUUUAAUGUUUUCUGAGGCAGAAGAUUAUCGCAAUAUAAUUGACUAGCUUCACUUAUGUUUUAUUAAUGAUAAUAUUCCGCAUUUAUAUAGCGUGUAAUGCAUCGGAACGACGUCUCUAAGCGCUUUACAGAUAUGUUAUUAAGGCUUCAUAGAGAUAUAUUCACAUACUUUUUGAUGAAAUUUUCCAGCAAGCUGAUAUCUAUGAAUUUGUUAUUUUAUACAGUAAAAAUUGUUUGCCGUUUUAUACAAUAUGUUUGAUACAGUGAACCCUGCUUCAGCAGCCUGGCUGUAUAAAACUACCACCUUUUUAUUAAGACCACAAGUUGAAUACCUGUUCUCCAUGGAAACAUACAGGAAUUAUAUUCAUAACAACCACAUCUCCCUUUGAUAACCUUUAUAGAUGGCUAAGACCUUGUGAAUUAUGCAUGUAGGAGGAAUGUAUAUCCUCUUAAGAGGGCUGUCUGCACCAUCCAAAGUUUUCAAUUAAUUGCGCUAUUUCUGAUCCGAUAAAUUAUCCCAAUCUGAACAAUCUCGAGAUUAUUUGUAAUGGAGACGCAUUCGCGAUAGUUUGCUGGAUUAAUCUAAGUCUACUUGAGAUUAUUUGCAAAAUAGUUAGCUAUUUACGAAUUAUCCUGCCAAGAGGGUUGAUCUCGAGAUAAAGCAAAUUCGGGCUGGUGCAGCACUGCCUUAUGUUUUUUUUUUUUCAAUUUCAGUUUAUUUCAGUCAUAAAAACAAAGCAGGUACAGUACAAGAAAAAAUAACCUUGCAAUGCUAUUUGAUGAACAUAAACAUGGGACUAAUGAUGAUGAAAUUUAAUAAAGUGGAAAUAACUGUUGUGAUGUUUCAACAAUAAACAAUUAAAUGAGAAUCCAAAUGAGGGGGAGUCCCUUAUGAAGGGACUAUGAAAUAUUUGCACAGUGGCAUAUUAAAAGUUUACAUCCAUUAUUCUCCCUUCCCUGGAUUGUUCAUCCAAACCUUUGUGCAUGCCGGUACCACACAAAACUGGAAAAUCGGAUUAUAAAAAAAACUGUUGUAUAUAAGAGCUGUGGUCAUAUACUUGUGCUUUAUUUUAUUUUCUUUUGCACAAUUUUAAUCACCCAAGCAUGAGUUUAUGCAGAUAUUCAUGUCAAAACCAGCUUUGAAUAUGAGGAGUAAAAUCAUAUGAAGUUAUGAUUCCAAUUCAAAAGUUAUGGUUGGAAUUUGUCAACUGCAUCUCUGUCACUGUUCGUACACAUUAGAUUUGGAAUUUUAAUUAAAAUUCAUUUGGGCAAUAAGUUAAUCAAAUCAAGGGCGAAAGUGGCAUGUGCAGAUUUUAAUUAAUUCUCAGAGUCAUGCUACCAGUAACCUUGGAGCCUUAAAAAAAUAUGAUUCUCCAAAAUGUGAUCGGUUUAUUAUCAAGCUUUUGUUAUUUGUAGUUUAUAGUAUAUAAUAGACCUACUCGUUGACCUCGUAUUUUCUUUGAUUCAUUGUAUUAUUCAACAUCAAAAUAGUCUAUUUUACUACAGCUUUUGUAUUAUAUGUUGUGUCAUAAAGUUCAAUAUUAAUAUAUCUAUAUCUGUAUUUUUCAUGUAUUUAGGCAGUAUCCAUAUUUUGUCCAUUCCAAAUUUGUUUGUAUAUGUUGAAGAAAGCAACUAGGAAAACAGGGCAUGAUUUUGAUGAUAUUAGAUGAAAGUUUUAUGUUAUUAGCAAGAAGUAUAUUUUAUCCCUGGUCUUGUUAUCCUGUAUGCAUGGUGCAACCAUAAUCUCCUGGCAACCCAGAAUUUUAGUUUUACUCACUGGCAUUUUAAGUACAGCUUUAGGUGUUCUCAUCCCUAAUUUACACAUAAAAGUAUAGUAGAGAAUUGGCUUUUUUUUCUUGUGCAUUAUGAGCCUUUUUGCUCCCCCCCCCCUCACAAUCAUUGCUAAGUUUUGUCUUACAGCCCCUAGUUCUUAUACCGAAUGGUAUACCUUAUUGACCUAGCACCUGAGAACUUGUUCCAGUCAUGCUUAAAGUUGUGUGUCUGAAACAUGUGAAACUCAAAUACAGCUUUUUGAAAUCCCACCCGGGGGCCCGUUUUUACAAAGACAUGUGAUUGAUCCCAUAGUAUCUUCGCUGUUAGUCUGCUAAUCCCGACUCUGUCAGCGUUGCAUUAGUGAGGGGUCCAUGAAUCCGGGAUCCAUCGUAUAACACUAAUUAUCAGUUGUAAAUUUUGCUCAAACCUGUAUUUUGAUUGGUUGUUAAUCAUUGUAACCAUGGCGAUUGCCAUUAAUGACAACAUUGUGCAACAGGGAUUCUUUAUAAUUAUGUGGUGUACCAGUGAAAGAUUAACGUCCAUGUUUUCUGCGUAGGUUUUUUUUCUGCCUCUGUCCACUUAGAACAAACUGUUGAAGAUUGAGCAGACAUUUAUGUGGGCUGAAGUCAAUGGAAAAUGAUUUAACCUGUUUGAAACUGAAUGAUUUUGCUCUAACAUGGGCUUUCCAUAGACUCUUACCCGAAUAUAUGUGGGCUCAAUCUCCCACAGGCUAAAGCAUAAUCAUCCGGUCUCCAACAGGCUAAAGCAUAAUCAUCCGGUCUCCAACAGGCUAAAGUGUAAUCAUCCAGUCUCAAACAGGUCAAAGCAAUCAGUAGCAAUUAAUGGGGGAGUGAAAUGCUCUGUGCCUUCAAGCAUCUUAUGGAUGGAGGAUACUGGUUGACGUCGGGCAGUUCAGGAAUUGCCUAAGA